GCGCUCGUGAGUUCGGGCGCGCGCACCCGCGAUCCCUGCGAUGUGUUGAAAACAUGGACUCCGCUUCUCGUCGUCUUACGCUCUUUUGCGUCGCUUUUCUGACUUUCGCGUGCCGCCCGGCGCCGGGAGAGGACACCGCCGACUGUCCUGCAGAUGGCCGCACGUGGUUGCCGUUCAACUUCAACUGCUACCACUUCGUCCACGGAGAAGAGGACGUGGCCAAAAGCUACUUCGUUCAAGACGCGAAAGACGCGUGCCGAGGAUAUGAUCUCCUGACUGUGAAAAGUGCAGAGGAGAACGACUUCAUCGUGAAGUACAGCCCUUCUGUGUGGAAAGGGAGGAUGAGCGUCUGGCUCGGAGCGUACUACGACAGCGACGACGAUGUCUUUAGGUGGCAGGAUGAUAACAGCGUGCUGGGAUACAGUAACUGGGAGGACGGCGCCUCCGAUGAGACUGAUCUGGUUCUGCUGGACACGUGUGUUGUUCUGCACACUGACUCGGGGAAGUGGGAAAACAUCAGCUGCUCCGCUGAACCCGAGAAUGGAGUCGUGUGUAAGACCAAGGCAGUCUGGAUAAACCCCCCAAAAGGCAGUCCUCUUCUGUCAGCUCUGGUCAUCAUCAGUGUGGUCCUGAUUCUGGUGGUUUCUGCAGUGAUUUGGUUCUUCCAUCAAAGAAACAGCCCAGGCUCAUCUAUCCUGAACCUGAUCGAGUAUCAUCCUCCCUUCAGAUCCCCGCCCUCCGAUCAGGCCUGCUUGGUAGAGGCUGAAGAGAUCGAGGCGGUCCUUAGUGUUUUCCAUCGGUGCCCGGGCCAGACUGCCUGUACACCAAUCAGAGAGGAGCUUUCAGGCCGCUUCUCAAACCCCCUGAAGUUCACGAAGUUAUCUGGCAUCACCAUGAUUUUUGAGGGCGAGUGCUUCACACUACCUGUCCAUCCGAACGUAAAGCUCCGCGCGCCGUUGAACAUUCACGCGCACUCGCGAGUCGGGAGCGCUGCCCUGCUACGAGUCCCGCGGAACCGCUCGGAAAUUACCGGUGUCCCCUUCGCGAAGCCGCGGAUGAUUCAUCUCGAAGCGAAAGCAGAAGAGAUUCGUCGAUGGAGCGAAAUGGCGCACGUGAUCCGAAAACAAGCCAAAGGCGUUAUUCAGAUUCAGUCCAGUGAUCGAGACUCUUGUCGUUGGCCAUAA